UCUCGGUUCGCCAGCAAAGGCAGUUGCUCCUCGCAUUUUCGCAUCGCAUCGCGUGCGUGUAGUGUAGUGUAGUCUAAAUAAGACCAAUCAGAAUCAGAGUCAGAAUAAGUCAACGGUCAAAAAAUGGCAUUUAAGGCCUAAUAAAAACACGCCGCCAACAAAAACUGAAAAUCAAUAAACACACAGCCAGCAAAAAGUACGUAACCAGCAACAACAACUGUAACAACAGCAACAAUAGCAGCAACAACAGCAGCAACAACACCCAAAUGCGGCAACAACAAGUGAGCAAGUUAAAGAACCUUUGCGAUUUGUAAACGCUGCGAAAUACCCGUCGUGCAAAAACCCACAAAUAAACAACAAAAUCAACAAGAGCGAAAAAAAAAUUAACCAAAAAAAGAACAUUUAGCAACAAUGUCGGAGGGCAGUGAUAACAACGGGGAUCCCCAGCAGCAGGGGGCGGAGGGGGAGGCGGUGGGCGAGAACAAAAUGAAGUCCCGCCUCCGCAAAGGAGCCCUCAAGAAGAAGAACGUCUUCAAUGUCAAGGAUCACUGCUUCAUCGCCCGGUUCUUCAAGCAGCCCACGUUCUGCUCCCACUGCAAGGACUUUAUCUGGGGCUUCGGAAAGCAGGGAUUCCAGUGCCAAGUUUGCUCCUAUGUGGUGCACAAGCGGUGCCACGAGUACGUCACCUUCAUCUGCCCCGGCAAGGAUAAGGGCAUCGAUUCGGACUCACCAAAAACUCAACACAAUUUCGAGCCAUUCACAUACGCAGGACCCACGUUCUGCGAUCAUUGUGGGUCCUUGCUGUAUGGCAUUUACCACCAGGGUCUCAAAUGCUCAGCAUGCGACAUGAACGUGCAUGCCCGCUGCAAGGAGAACGUGCCCAGCCUUUGCGGAUGCGAUCACACGGAGCGGCGGGGUCGCAUUUAUCUGGAGAUCAAUGUCAAGGAGAAUCUGCUAACUGUCCAGAUCAAGGAGGGUCGAAAUCUCAUACCAAUGGACCCAAACGGCCUGAGCGAUCCCUAUGUGAAGGUGAAGCUAAUUCCGGAUGACAAGGAUCAGUCUAAGAAGAAGACUCGCACCAUUAAGGCUUGCCUGAAUCCUGUCUGGAAUGAGACGCUCACUUAUGAUCUGAAACCCGAAGACAAGGAUCGACGCAUCCUGAUCGAGGUGUGGGACUGGGAUCGCACUUCGCGCAAUGACUUUAUGGGUGCUCUGUCCUUUGGCAUCUCGGAGAUCAUCAAGAACCCCACCAAUGGCUGGUUCAAGCUGCUCACCCAGGACGAGGGCGAGUACUACAAUGUCCCAUGUGCGGAUGAUGAGCAGGACCUACUGAAGCUCAAGCAGAAACCAUCGCAGAAGAAGCCGAUGGUAAUGCGCAGCGACACGAACACACAUACUUCUUCCAAAAAGGACAUGAUCCGGGCCACGGACUUUAAUUUCAUCAAAGUUCUCGGCAAGGGCUCGUUUGGAAAGGUUUUGCUGGCUGAGCGCAAAGGCAGCGAGGAGUUGUAUGCCAUUAAGAUACUCAAGAAGGAUGUGAUCAUUCAGGACGACGACGUCGAGUGCACCAUGAUCGAGAAGCGUGUCCUGGCGCUAGGCGAAAAGCCACCUUUUCUGGUCCAAUUACACUCCUGCUUUCAGACUAUGGACCGUUUGUUCUUUGUAAUGGAGUAUGUGAAUGGCGGCGAUUUGAUGUUCCAAAUCCAACAGUUUGGCAAGUUUAAGGAGCCCGUGGCUGUAUUUUAUGCCGCUGAAAUAGCAGCUGGACUUUUCUUCCUUCAUACCAAGGGUAUACUGUAUCGGGAUCUGAAGCUGGAUAACGUGCUCCUGGAUGCCGAUGGACAUGUGAAGAUAGCGGACUUUGGCAUGUGCAAGGAGAACAUAAUGGGUGACAAGACCACAAAGACUUUCUGCGGCACACCUGAUUAUAUUGCUCCAGAGAUAAUACUGUAUCAGCCCUAUGGCAAGUCGGUGGACUGGUGGGCCUAUGGAGUACUGCUUUAUGAGAUGUUGGUGGGCCAGCCACCUUUCGAUGGCGAGGAUGAGGAGGAGCUGUUUGCCGCCAUAACCGAUCAUAAUGUGUCCUAUCCAAAGAGCCUGAGCAAGGAGGCCAAAGAGGCCUGCAAGGGCUUCCUAACUAAGCAGCCAAAUAAGCGUUUGGGUUGUGGUUCCUCUGGCGAGGAGGAUGUGCGUCUGCAUCCGUUCUUCAGACGCAUCGAUUGGGAGAAAAUCGAAAAUCGCGAAGUGCAACCGCCAUUUAAGCCGAAAAUUAAACACCGCAAGGAUGUGUCCAACUUUGACAAGCAGUUCACAUCAGAGAAAACAGACUUGACGCCCACGGACAAGGUGUUUAUGAUGAAUCUGGAUCAGUCGGAAUUCGUCGGCUUCUCCUACAUGAAUCCCGAAUACGUUUUCAGCCCAUAGAUCCGAUCUGAUCUGAUCUAAUUUCCAUGCUUCGCGUUGUGUCCUCUAAGUCUAUUUUGAUAUUGAUUACUAAAAAGACAUCUUGUUAAUGUUUGUUAAGUUUUCUGUUUGAUUUUCAACCAUUAUAUGUAUGUAUCUAUAUUUAUUGAAUUGUUAAGUUUUUAGUUAAUUUUAAGAUCUAGAAACUGUGAAGCAGAGCUUUAGUUAUGGAAUAUUCGAAUACUGUUCAAAAGACGCGUCCUUACCUCAAGCCAACAAAAAAAGCAAUAAAAGCAACAUGUCAAAUA